AUGUCAAGCUCCUUCGAAAAGUCCGUCAAGGGCGCAACGAAGAUCAAGAAUGCUCCCCCAAAAACGAAAUACAUCGAACACAUUCUCGUAGCUACCCAUUCCGGCGAAGCUGGCGUCGGCGAGGUCUUUCGCGCUCUCACAUACCGUCUCCGCGAUUCAACAUGGACCGUCGUCUUCAAGAGUCUAAUUACUGUUCACCUGAUGAUCAGAGAGGGAUCUCCUGAUGUCACGCUUGCCUUUCUCUCGACGCAUCGCAAUGUGCUAGCGAUUAGCAGCUUUACAGACGGACGAAAUAUCCGACAUUAUGCCCACUACCUAGCCGAGAGAGCUCGCGCAUACGAGAAGACGAAGACGGAUUGGGUGCGCGCUUCUGAGUCAAGACUUGAGAAGCUUUCGGUUGAGAAGGGAUUGUUACGAGAGACGGAAAUCGUUCAACACCAACUCGAGGCUUUACUAAAAUGCGACGUUAUGGAGAACGAGCCAGAGAAUGAAAUCACCAUAACCGUUUUCCGACUGCUUGUCUUGGAUCUUUUGGCACUAUUUCAGGUUCUCAACCAAGGGCUCAUCAGCAUUCUCGGUAACUUUUUCGAGAUGUCAAAGGUGGAUGCCGAACGUGCUAUGGCCAUUUAUCGGAAAUUCACGAAGCAAACAGACUACGUCGUCCAAUAUCUGAGCGUAGCUCGUCAGCACGAACACCACACUCGAGUCGAGGUGCCCAAGCUCAAGCACGCUCCCGUUAACCUUGGACGCCAGCUGGAGGAGUAUCUUCACGAUCCCGAUUUUGAGGUCCACCGAAGACAAUACCUUGCAGAGCAGGAUGUGAAGAAAAUCGGUGGAGGUUCAAGCUCGAAGCAAGGAGGUCUCAGCAAGAAGAAGAGCACCGACUUCCCUGAACCAGCGUCCAACAACCCCUUUCCCAAGAUCACGGCCUCUUCGAGUGGGAACAGAGCACCUGAGUCGAAACCCCAAGCCAACAAGGGUCCUGAUCCCGAUCUGAUUGACUUCUUUGACUCUAUCGAACAGAACCAGACACCAAUGAGCAUGAAUCCCCAGCCCCAACAACAGGCUUUCCAGCAGCAACCGACAGGCAUGCCGUUUCAACAAAACGGGUUUGCUCCUCAGCCUACUGGAUUUGCCUCCAACAGCCCAUUCCAACAACCUCAGCAAACUGGGUUCAUGCAACCGCAGCAGCCCCAGAUGCAGCAGCCUCAGAUCCAACUACAGCCCGACUUCACCGGAGCAGGUUUCGGAGGCUUCACUCCUCAACAACAAGCCUUCCAACCAAGUUCGCUCGCACCAAUACCUCAAGAUACAAUGGCCAGCUUUCCCAACGCUGCUCCUCAAAUCCAGCAACCUGUUCAGAACGGAUCCCCUCAGGGCCUCCAACCGAUGCAAACAGGAAGCACCAACCCCUUCCGCCAGUCCAUGCUCAUGGCUCAACAAACAGGCCUACCAUCGUCUGCUACAACACCCGCUCUAAACCGCCAAUCUACAAACCCAUUCGCUCGAACAUCACCGCAGCAAAACACUUCUCCUUUCGCCCAAGCUUCAAACUCGCCUUUUCAAUCACCCGCUCCUCAACAACAACAACCUGCUCUUCAACCUACACCAACCGGCACAAACCCCUUUGCUCGCAACUCCACGAUGCCAGCGCCAAACCAAGAACCGCGCCCACAAACUGCCGGCGCUGCUCUCGCUCCUCAACCCACCGGUACUACCAACCCCUUCCGAAACGGCGCCUUUGUCAACCACAACACAGGCAUGGGAUGGCAAGCCAACCAGCAGCCUAUUGGAGGAGGCCUCGACCAACUUCCCACAGUACCUGUAUUCCCUCGUCCUGCUCAACAGACACCCUGGCAGCAAUAA